CACGUUCGGUUGAGCUCCAAGUAGACCAGCGGCGGCGGCGGCAGAGGCAGCGGUGCUGAAGGCGCAGAGGGCGGCGCAGGCGGAGCCGGGCAGCGGGCGCGCGGGCCACGAGCAAGCGAGCAAGCUGCAGGCUUCGGGCGGGCAGCGGCACAGCUCAGGCCGAGCCGGCGCGGGAGGAGUUCCAAGGCGAUGGGGCCGCGGCCGGGGCUGACGCUUUGACAGCUGGAAAGAGCGCGGAGCCAGCGCCGGGGAGGGAGGGAGCGCGGCGAGCGGAGCGCGAGCAAGCGGGCGAUCGCCGGGAGGGGGCCGGGAGCAGGGCAGCUCGGGAGACCGGACGGUAGCGGCGGCGGCGGGCUCGGCGCCCUCUUCUCUGCAAGCCAUGUUUGCCAAAGGCAAAGGCUCGGCGGUGCCCUCGGACGGGCAGGCUCGGGAAAAGUUAGCUUUAUACGUCUACGAAUAUUUACUGCACGUAGGAGCACAGAAAUCUGCACAGACCUUCUUAUCAGAGAUUCGAUGGGAAAAAAACAUCACACUGGGAGAACCUCCUGGGUUUCUGCACUCGUGGUGGUGUGUAUUUUGGGACCUUUACUGUGCAGCUCCUGAAAGGAGAGACACUUGUGAACAUUCAAGUGAAGCAAAAGCCUUUCAUGAUUAUAGUGCAGCAGCUGCCCCAAGCCCAGUGCUUGGCAACAUUCCCCCCAAUGAUGGGAUGCCCGGAGGCCCCAUCCCGCCAGGUUUCUUUCAGGGUCCUCCGGGGUCACAGCCCUCGCCGCACGCACAGCCUCCACCUCACAAUCCCAGCAGCAUGAUGGGACCCCACAGUCAGCCUUUUAUGUCACCGCGAUAUGCAGGCGGCCCCAGGCCCCCGAUCAGAAUGGGAAACCAGCCUCCAGGAGGAGUUCCUGGGACACAGCCAUUGCUGCCCAAUUCUAUGGAUCCCACACGACAACAAGGUCACCCCAACAUGGGAGGAUCAAUGCAGAGAAUGAACCCUCCCCGAGGCAUGGGGCCCAUGGGGCCUGGCCCACAGACUGACCCUUGGUUAUCGUUGCAGAAUUACGGCAGCGGCAUGAGACCACCACCCAACUCCCUCGGCCCCGCCAUGCCUGGGAUUAACAUGGGCCCAGGAGCUGGCAGACCCUGGCCCAAUCCCAACAGUGCUAACUCAAUCCCGUACUCCUCCUCCUCACCCGGUACCUAUGUGGGACCCCCUGGUGGUGGCGGCCCUCCAGGAACCCCCAUCAUGCCUAGUCCUGCGGAUUCAACAAAUUCCAGUGACAACAUCUACACAAUGAUUAAUCCUGUGCCGCCUGGAGGCAGCCGGUCCAACUUUCCAAUGGGUCCUGGCUCAGAUGGCCCGAUGGGAGGCAUGGGCGGCAUGGAGCCACACCACAUGAAUGGAUCCUUAGGAUCAGGAGACAUAGAUGGACUUCCAAAAAAUUCUCCUAACAACAUAAGUGGCAUUAGCAAUCCUCCAGGCACCCCCCGAGAUGACGGCGAGCUAGGAGGAAACUUCCUCCACUCCUUCCAGAACGACAAUUAUUCUCCAAGCAUGACGAUGAGUGUGUGACCCCCGCUCCAAGACGCUGAGAGCCGGCAUUGCAGGCAGAAGAUGCCAGAAAUAUGCAAGAAGAAGUGAGGUGUCGAUACCAGGAGCUGGGGGAGGGUGUCUCCUGCUCCCCUCCACCCCUCCCAUCCACUCCCCCACCUUUCCCAAUUUUAGUUUCAUGCAAUAAAAAGGCCAAACUUUUUAUUCCAUAAAACAUGAAGGACAAAAACUCAAAAAAUGUAUUUCAAGUCAGCAAUCAGAAAAAUCCUACCCUCUCCUCACCCUAAAGGACCUUUCUGUACAUGACACUUUUUGUUUGUUCGUUUGUUUGUUUGGGAUUUUAUCGUUGUUGGGAUUUUUAAUUUGUUUUUGGGGGGUUUCUUUUAGGGAAAAAAAUUUUUUUAAUGGAAGCUUCUAGCAAGCCCUACACCCACCCCACUCUUUGCUUUCUUCUUUAAAAAAAAAAGGAACAAAAAAAAGGAAAAAGAAAAAAAAGGCCAAAAAAAAAAAGGGAAGAAAAACCCGCAAGCCCUGCCAUGUGUCCUACCACCAGAAAGCUAGUCUAGGUGUGCGAUGCCACACUGACUUUGUAGCCAUCUAAUAAUAAUAAUAAACUGGACAGUUUACAACCGGUGGUCCCUUUCAAAGGCUGUCUGGGGAGAAGGAAGAGUCCACCAUUUCCACGUGGGCCUUUGGGGUUUGCACUGGGCGAGGAGACUGGCCAUCACAACACACCGGCACCCCUGUGGCCAUAGCGCCCAGAGCCCCCAACCUGCUGUCGCCUAACAGAGACCAUCGCUGUGACCCAGCAUACACACUGUUCCCGGAUGGCUGCCUCUUCAGACCUCGUGCCCGGCCACUGGGGCCUCCAGCCCUCGGUCCCCACCGCUCUUGGCAAGACUCCUGCUGGCUGGGUUGGAGAGGCCCCACCCACAGAAUGGCUGUGAUCUGGGACAUGGAACUGGCCUCCACGUUCUGGUCCCUAAGAUCCUCACAUAGUGCGCACAGGCAGGGCGGGCUGAAGUGGUUUUCUUUUUUUUUCUUUUUUUUUUUCUUUUUUCUCCUGUUUGUCAUUUUUCAAAGAUGGGUAUUGGUUAGAAUCGCUCUGUAUUUGCUUGGAACUGGAUGGACAGACUUCGGCAUCGCUGUGGGGGUGGGGGGAGCACCAGCAACCAAACAGACGCUGUCUCUGGUCCUGUUUUUAUUUUCAAAAACCUACAAACCUGAUGGUGGAGCUGUCCCCUCCUAGGAGGGUGACUUGGCUGCCCUGGCCUCGCCCUGGCAACCUCCGUGUCUUGCCCCAGACACUGAAUUCUUUGUACAUUUACACCGUCCUCGUGCCCCACCCACCCUUGUAGCUGGUCUUUGUUUUCUUACCUCCCCUUUCUGACCCAUGUAUAUCAUAUUCUGUGAGAUACCAUCUGCCUGAAAAAAGACCUUGUGCGGAUUCUUGGGAACAUUGUAGCUGUUUCUGUGUUUUUUCUUACCUUGUAGUCUGGUUCUGAAUUAUGAGAGGAAAAAAAAAGUAAUUAUGAUACAUUGUAGUUUGUGUACGAUAUAUGUUGAUAACGUUUUAUUAAAGGGACAUCUUUUUUCCGCA